AUGGCGGAUGCUUUAGAAAGAGCCUUUCAAAAUUUCGACUUGUCUAAAACAGAGUUAGGUGGUGUAGAUCUGAGCGGUGAGGACUUGGAAGAUGGCGUAACAGAGUGUCAAGGAAGUCUGGUAGGAAAGCUGAUAGGUGAAAAAAUAGCUAAUUUCACGGGGCUAAAGAACUUUACUAAUCAUGCAUGGGGGUACCCUGCAAAGCUGAAUGUGAAUGAGUUAGGUCCUAACUUAUUUCAGUUUCAUCUGGGAGAUGAAGGGGAGAAGAAAAAGAUCUUAUCUGGAGGGCCUUGGGUUAUAGACAACCAGAUGCUGAUAGUGAAGGAGUGGGUAGAGGGGUUUGAUAGAAACAGCAGGUUUUUCCAGCAUUCCUUUCUUUGGAUUCAACUCUGGAACCUACCGGUGCAUUGGUUGAGCAGAGCAGUGGGAAGGAAAAUAGGAGGGAUCUUUAAAUCAGUUAGGGGAGUGAUUAUCCCAGGGAGUGGUGGGAAAGAGGGCCGUCACAUGAAGAUUAUGGCUGAGGUAGAUAUAACAAAACCACUGCUUAGAGGGACUAAGAUUAACUUUAAGGACCAGGCAGUGUGGGUUGAGUUCAGGAAGGGUGGGGGGGAGAAGCGAGAGGAACAAUAUGGUGCUUGGAUGAGAGUUGGAAAUAUUAUGGUAUCUCCCUUAAAGGGACGUCUAGAAGGAGCAAGUGAAACUGGAGGAAGGAGGUUGGGGGCAGGGUCUCCUUGCGGAGAGGUUCAAUCUGGGGUUCAAACGGCUGGGGAUACUUUAAAUGUUGGGGGAAAAAAUAGUAGACUGUUGGUGGAAAAGGAAAGGGUGGAUAAGGAGAAAAUGAUGAAGAGACAAGCUGAAGAGAGGUGGGAUGAGAUCUUAAAGGAUAGCAGACCGUAUGAAAAGGCAGACCAAAGGGUUGAAAGUUGGGCAGUAGUUUUAAUGGAGGGAAUUGGUGAAAAGGAGGGUAGGGUACUGGAAGGCUUAAAAGGUGGAAGCAGAGUAAUCCCAUCAGUAGGGAAUGAGGAUAUGGAUACGGACAGUUCAAGGAAGGAAGGUGAAAAUUUGCAGAUAGAGUCAGUUAAGCAGGUGGGGACAAAUGAAAAAAUGCAAAGGAAAGUGACUAUGCCAGGGGAAGUAGAUAACAAAUCUGAAAAAAGAAGCAGUUUUAAAAGAAGAGGGAGGCCGGCUAAAACAUCCUUAAAGGCGGAUACAAAGGGGCAGGCAAUGCAGGCUGAGAGUGCUAAAAGGAAGGCUGAUGGUAUGGUUCAGGGGACACAGCCGAUGGAGGAGGAUGAUGAUAAAGUACCGAAGGUAAAGGUAAUGAAACUGGAUCAAAUAAAUGAUGGCUCACUAGGGGAAAUGGAGGCUAGCCCCACAAUGCCUCCAAUGUGUAAAUGA